AUGUCUUUCGUCCAGCGCCGCAUGUUCUCCGCCUCGGCGAGAAGCCUCUCCAAGGUCACCGUUCUCGGUGCCGCCGGUGGUAUUGGCCAGCCCCUCUCCCUGCUCAUGAAGCUCAACCCCAGAGUCACUGAGCUCGCCCUCUACGAUAUCCGCGGAGGCCCUGGUGUCGCCGCCGACAUCUCCCACGUCAACACAAAGUCCGUCGUCAAGGGCUACGACCCCACCGCCACCGGCCUCGCCAGCGCCCUCAAGGGCGCCGAGGUCGUCCUCAUCCCCGCCGGCGUCCCCCGCAAGCCCGGCAUGACCCGCGACGACCUCUUCAACACAAAUGCCUCCAUCGUCCGCGACCUCGCCAAGGCCUGCGCCGAGUCCUGCCCCGACGCAAACAUCCUCGUCAUCUCCAACCCCGUCAACUCCACCGUCCCCAUCGUCUCCGAGGUCUUCAAGGCCCACGGCGUCUACAACCCCAAGCGCCUCUUCGGCGUCACCACCCUCGACGUCGUCCGCGCCUCCCGCUUCGUCUCCGAGAUCAAGUCCACCGACCCCAAGGACGAGAACAUCACCGUCGUCGGCGGCCACUCAGGCGUCACCAUCGUCCCCCUCUUCUCCCAGUCCAACCACCCCGACCUCUCCUCCAACGCCGAGCUCGUCAACCGCGUCCAGUUCGGCGGUGACGAGGUCGUCAAGGCCAAGGACGGCGCCGGCUCCGCCACCCUCUCCAUGGCUUUCGCCGGUGCCCGCAUGGCCGAGUCCCUCCUCCGCGCCUCCCAGGGCGAGAAGGGCAUCGUCGAGCCCACCUUUGUCGACUCCCCCCUCUACAAGGACCAGGGCAUCGACUUCUUCUCCUCAAAGGUCGAGCUCGGCCCCAACGGUGUCGAGAAGAUCCUUCCCCUCGGCAAGGUUGACGCCGCCGAGGAGAAGCUCCUCGAGGCCUGCUUCGCCGACCUCAAGAAGAACAUUGCCAAGGGUGUUGCCUUUGUCGCCUCCAACCCCCCCAAAUAA